UGUUUCUCAAACAAAACAGAGUCUCACGAAUCUCCAGGUCGAUGAACAGGAAAGGAGGUCAAGAAAAGGAGGGUUUCGUUUCUUCUCUCUUUUCGUUACACUGAAAUUGCAGCGUAAUCUGGACCAACGUAAUUGCGUCACCUUUGAUGAGAUUCUUGGUGCCACGAACAAGAACAUGGAAAAGUCCCAGAUCCCAGGAGACGGCGGCGGUGGCGACGCGGGAGGAGGAGGCGACGGUGGCGGCGGCAAUGGCUUGACGUUGCAAUCCUCUCGCGGCGCGGCGACGCCGUCGCCGACCCCUCAUACGGAGUGUGACGUCAGCAGCAUGCCAGCUUUACCCCCGCGCAACCCCGGCCACCGGCGCGCGCUCUCAGAGAUCAUCGGCCUCCCCGACGAACUGGACCUCGGCGCCCCCGGCGCCGGCGACGGGCCGUCGCUGUCGGACGAGAACGAGGAGGAGCUCUUCUCCAUGUUCCUCGACGUCGAUAAGCUGAACUCGUCGGGCGGGGCGUCGGAGUCGGAGUCGUCGUGCGCCAUGGCGGCGGGUGGGGGAGAGGCGACACUGGCGUCUGCCGCGCCUGGGGCAGGGCUGAGGCCGAGGCACCAUCACAGCCAUUCGAUGGAUGCCUCGAGCUCCAUCAACACAGAGCAUCUGUUUGGGACACCGGCGAUGGAGGGGGUGUCGCCGGCAGAGGCCAAGAAGGCAAUGUCAGCUGCAAAGCUCGCGGAACUAGCGCUCAUCGACCCGAAGAAGGCAAAAAGGAUUAUAAAUAAUAGACAAUCAGCGGCAAGAUCAAAAGAAAGGAAGAUACGGUAUAUUGCUGAACUUGAGCGGAAGGUGCAAUUCAUGCAGAGAGAAGCAACAUCACUAUCAACCCAGCUGGCACUGCUUCAGAGAGACACGGCUGGGCUGACAGCUGAGAAUAGUGAACUGAAGAUGCGUCUUCAGAACACAGAGCAACAAGUUCACUUACAAGAUGCUCUCAACGACGCUCUGAAAUCGGAGCUUCAGCGGCUGAAGAUGGCCACAGGCCAGAUGGGCAAUGGUGGAGGGAUGAUGAACUUUGGCGGGCCACCGCACUCAUUCGGAGCGAACCAGCAGGUGUUUCACCCCAACCAAGCAAUGCAGCCGUUUCUGGCGAUGCAGCAGCAGCCACCGCACCACAACCAGCCGUUGCACCCUCUGCAAACCCAGCAGCUGCAGCAGGCUGCAGUUGGCCUGAACAUGAGAGGGCCGGCGGCUGCUCCGAGCCAAUGGCAAUGGGGCGACGCAUGGUCGGAGAGCAGCAGCAGUUGAUGGUAUGAUGGAGAUGGCUGUCUUCUUUGGAAUAGUGGUUAUAUAUCAGGAUGAUUUGGUUUGGGGUGUUGCCCAAGUAUAGAUACGUGAUAUAUAUACAUUACAAGGUUAUACUGUCAGGUAUCAAGUUUUUUUGUUCUUGCUUUCUCAGGAUGUUAUUUUGGUCACGGAUGCACGGUCUGAGGCUGCAAAUGAUGGUUAAA